ACAACAAAACCGUACGUGUUUUUGUUUCUUGUACAUGCAUAGUGUUGUGUGGUGGAGAGAUGGACAAAACAAAAGUUGCAGGUUUUGAAGAGUCUGAGUUUGGAGAGGAAAAGGUGAAGCAGUAUAAAAUGGAGCACUAUCUGAAUCACUUUGGAGGAAUCAAAGUGGACAGAAUUGUAGGAGUGUUCAAUUUCAAAGGGGAGAGGCUAACGAGCUUGAUCAUUGCACAGCCGAAAUUAUGCAGACUCAAGCUCUUUGCCUUUGCUGCCACAACCAUUUUGCUUCUCUCUGUCUGUGCAGUGCAGUUGAGCACGCUCAGCGACAUCAUAAAGCCCCGGGUCUUGAUGUUCCGCUCUAACUCUCAGCCUAUUGCUCCGCCGCAACCACAAACAACUGAAACUGAAAGGGAUUAUGAGAAUAAUGGAUAUCUGAUGGUCUCAUCAAAUGGAGGGUUGAAUCAAAUGCGAGCUGGUAUUUGUGACAUGGUAGCUAUUGCAAGGUUUAUGAAUGUCACACUUAUAGUUCCUGAGUUGGAUAAUACCUCCUUUUGGAAUGAUCGCAGUCGGUUUGAGGACGUAUUUGAUGUGGAUUACUUCAUAUCAUCGCUGAGAGAUGAGGUUCGGAUAUUGAAAGUUCUGCCUCAUAACCAGAUCAGGAGAGUGGAGAUAGCUACUCUCUAUUCCAUGCCACCUGCUAGUUGGUCUAACAUGUCAUAUUACGACCAAAUUCUUCCUCGGAUAAAGAAGUAUGGAGUUCUGCAUUUUACUAAAACUGAUGCCAGGCUUGCAAAUAAUGGGAUCCCGAAAGAGGUUCAGGAACUGCGGUGCAAAGCGAAUUACAAGGCUCUGAGAUUCACUCCUCCCAUUGAGGAAUUGGGGAAGAAGAUUGUUCGGAUUCUGAGGGAAAAGGGUCCAUUCUUAGUUCUUCAUCUGAGAUAUGAAAUGGACAUGUUGGCAUUUUCUGGUUGCACUGAGGGUUGCAAUGACAAAGAAAUUGAAGAAUUGACAAAUAUGAGGUUUGCUUAUCCAUGGUGGAAAGAGAAAAUAAUAGAUUCUGAAAAGAAAAGAAAAGCUGGGUCAUGCCCUUUAACUCCUGAGGAAACUGCCCUUGCAUUGAGGGCAUUGGAUAUUGAUCCCGGCAUCCAAGUUUACAUCGCUGCAGGCGAUAUAUAUGGAGGAGAAAGGAGAAUGACAUCUCUGAGAUUAGCCUUUCCCCAUAUGGUUAAAAAGGAAUCAUUGCUUAGAGCCUCAGACCUUGAGCCCUUCCGCACACAUUCGAACCAAAUGGCGGCAUUAGAUUACAUUGUGUCACUGGAAAGUGACAUCUUUGUUCCUACUUAUGGAGGAAACAUGGCAAGAGUUGUUGAGGGUCAUAGAAGGUACUUGGGAUUCAGGACAUCAAUUCGUGUAGACAGAAAGCUUCUGGUGGAUUUGAUAGACCAGUACAAGAACGGAACUCUGAGCUGGGAUGAAUUUUCCCAGGCAGUGAAAACAGGGCAUGCUGAUCGCAUGGGCAUCCCAACUCACAGAUUGGAGAUUCCUGGCAAGCCCAAGGAGGAAGAAAAUUUCUAUAAUAACCCAGAGGAAUGUUUGCCGCCAAUUCCUAAAAAACCAAAAAGUCUGUAAAUAUUUACAUGUUACAUGUGCCAUUAGAUUCCACUCCCCAAUGACAAAAAGUCUGGGAUGUUUUCUUUUCCUUUUAUUAACGCAAUUUUGCUAUCCAAAUACUCAAAAGUGUAAGGUUAUUCACAGAAAAGCUGAAGGUUCCUUGCACUGCAGGUUCUUCACAAUGAAGAUAGUUUCAUCAGUAAAUUCAAUGACUGAAAAAAAACAAACAGAUGAUGAACUCCAAUGAGACAAAAUUCUUGCCACUUCAUACAAGCAUGCCGUGUCCUGAAUGUUUGCUCUAAACCAAUAAUGCCCAGGACACAAACUACCAACUCAAUUACCAAGAAAUUGGCCCUGAGUGGCUCCAUUACAUUAGAAAUAAUUAUGUACGAUACAGCUAAAUUACGGGUAAUGGGAUCCCCUAAGAUGGGUUACUCAAAGAAAUCUAUAAAUUAUGGAAACGGCUCUAAACACGAGUUCAAUGAAAUAGUGUUUUAAAAUUUUUAAAUAAAAAAAACAUACCACCCCAUGUACACUAACCAGAAGAUGACACUAUGACAUCCCAAAUCAUAACAAAAGAGUAAAA